AAAAAUUCGGAAAAAGUGUAUCAAACGGAAAAAAUAGAAAUUUCAAGCGAAAAUAAAUUUUUUGUCUAUGAAAAGAUAAAAUGGCCGUGGCUGUGCGCUUAGUGGAAGUGUUAACCUUAAUAACAUUGCUAGGAAUGUUGACGGGUUUAUCUAUUGUGAUCGUGAUUUUGCAACGUGUAAUCGUGAUUACAUUAUAUUUGCUCGGUCCUAUAACAGCAACCGUGAGCGGAAUACUUUAUGCUUCGGAAAAAAUACUUGUCGGUGCUUUAAUGAGUAUUUUGAAUUUAACUACUGCUCUUAGUACUUCAACUUAAAAAUGUGAAAUAUUAUAAAUUCUGGGUUUUGUUAAAAAGGGGAAAGUAAUUUUAAUUACUUGUAAUGAAAUAAUUCAGUAAGUUUGUAAAAUCGGUAUGCUGUAAUCUGGUAACUUUCAAAUGUUUGUAUUAUUUCUUAUUUUAAAUACAUUGUAAAAAAGCUCAA